CUUCCAUGAAAUAGACGUUCAUAAGUUAAUUACUGCCAGCAAUGAAGGAAUUGUUAUUAGGGCUUUUAUUACUAUUAUCAUUACUUUAAUGUUAUUAUUACUUUAAGUAAUUUAGCAAUGGCCACUAACAGUGAGAUCGCUGUUGACAAAACACAACCAGCAAGAAAGCGGGUUUGGAAAUUUUAUCUCACUUUUUUCGGGAUUACCUUACUUCAUCUAAGUCUCGGGGCCCCGUUUAUUAUAGGUAACAUUAUACCGUAUGUUGUGUCCUACAUGCGGCUGGUAGGUAAAGACGCAACGCUAACAUACAAUGAUGGAAUUUGGUUGACGUCUAUGGGAACAACAGGCUUUGGUCUCAGUAUGAUAUUUACAACUUAUAUAGAAAAGGUUUUGGGCUUUAGAAAAACAAUUCUGUUUGGUUCAUUAAUCCAGAGUGGUUCUACCUUAUUGUCAUAUUACACAAUCCAGAGUUCCUAUUACUCUUUUGUAAUAACUGAAGGAUUUCUCAAUGGUGCCGGCGGUUCCAUUCCUUAUGUUGUGACAGUGUCCUGUGCCAUGAAGUGGGUGCCAAAUCGAAAAGCUACAGCUACAGGAUUUGUCCUCUGUACACAUGCUCUGUCGGCAACCAUUUUCACUUAUGUGUCCAGUAUAUACAUCAAUCCAGACAAUUACCAAGAAAACGAAGUUAUCAAUGGAGAAGCUUACUUUAACCAGAAAGACCUUCUUGCACGAGUUCCGAAGUGUUUUUUAAUGUUGGGUUUUGUCUUCCUAGUAUCUCAAUUAAUCAGUAUCUGUAUGAUUUCGAACCCCAAGGAGGAAACGACGACAAUUGUCAUUCAAAAUGACGCCGCCAAUGUUGAUGACACUGAGGGAUCAGGAAAAGAAAAUAAAUCAUUUCAAGAUAACGAUGUGGCGAUACAAUUACAGAAUGAGGCAAAUGACAUUCAGACCCAAAAUAUUCAGGAUGAAAAUAAAAAGGAAAUGAUGGAUAAAUCACCAAUAGGAACAGCAUCAGAAAAAGAAAGUGAGCCUGAAGAAGAUUAUUUUACUCCUUUCCAAAUGGUAAAGACGAAGCAGUUUUACUCUUUAUGGUUAUUAACCUUCAUUCUGAGCAUGCAGUAUACAACGAUAGUAGCUGUUUAUAAGAUCUAUGGAAUGACAUUCAUCUCAGAUGAUAACUUCCUUACCAUUCUUGGUUCUGUUUGUGCAGUUGGCAAUGCCGUCGCCAAAAUGAGCUGGGGACUUAUAUGCGAUAAAUUAUUAUUUAAGGAUUCCACCAUACUUCUGUGUUUAUCUGUAUCUCUUUUGUAUCUCCUCCUCAAUGUUUCAUCAAUGGUCGGACGAUACUUUUACUUUAUUAUUGCAUUACUAACGUAUGUGGUUCCUGGUGGGAUAUACGUUGUAAUGCCGUAUAUAAUCAGUAAGAGUUAUGGUCUCAAGUACUACGCAAGUAACUGCGGAACGGUGUAUUCGUCACUGGUAAUAUCGGGUCUUUUAAAUCCAUUUAUUUUAAAAGGCAUGCAAAAUUUCUUCGGUUGGAAUUGGACAUUUUUCUUCUUUGAAGCCAUCAGUUUUAUCGGACUAAUAUUAACGGUGAUGUUCCAGAAACCAAGGAAACCGGAACGAAGAGGGAGUACAUUGAGUGUAACUGAACACAAGUCCGAGCCCUGAUAAAUCCUGUUCAUUAUGAGCAGUAAGACCAACGCAACACAAAUAAUUGCUUCUUCACUCGUAUGUAUGGAUGUCCAUAUGAAUGUAUGUUAUGCACUGAGUUCGAACGAUUGAUAGGAGAUACAAGCCAUGUUACUAGCAUCUGCAAUUUUAAUGUACCUUAAAGUAUACAUAUGAAGUUUUUUUUAUGUAUGUAAGCAUAUAGAUAAAAAAAAACAGAUCAACAUACAGACGGAUAGGUAAAUUGGUUAUAAGAACAGACACAUAUGGAGAACCGG